AUGUCUGUUGUUGAACAAGAACCUACUCCUCAGUCUUUUGAUCUUCCAAAAAAGACAAGGCACAAUAAAUGGUCUAUACACGAAGAUAUGCGCCUUAAAGAAAUCGUGGCUACAAUGGAAAAAGUUAAUUGGAAAGCUGUUGCCAGAUGCUUUCCAAACAGAAAUGAAAGACAAUGCUACGAGAGAUGGAAUUAUUAUUUAUCUCCAAAUGUCAAUAAUGGCGCUUGGAGCGAAUCAGAAGAUCAAUUAUUGCAGCAUUGCUAUUCAAUAUUUGGUUCACAGUGGAUGAAAAUUUCACAUUUCUUCCCAGGAAGGACAAAUACAUGCAUUAAGAACAGGUUUUUAUACCUUCAAAGAAAGAAAGAGAGAUUAAAUCGCGACAAAGAACCUCCAAAGGAUCCAAUGUCUUUCUUUGAUAUCAACAAUCUUAUCAAUUAA